UUUCCUGAGGGAAAACAUGAAUAAAAUAUAAGCUGCGCGCGCUACGUGUGGCUACGCCCACCCUUAUCAUGCGAUCACUCCAACACCUAGCUCAACACAGUCGGUCAUAUGAGGCGAGCAAGACACAAUCGAUAGCUGUUUUUGUUAUUGUGUUAGAUUUUAUGUUUGUGCUGUCGCAACCGCAAGCUUCUUAGUUUCAGGUCCCCACGGCUUGCACAAAACAAAACACGCUUUUGUCAUGUAGCUCUCAGACCUCUAGAAUAGACUAGUAGCAACGAGAAUUCAUGAGUGUGUGUCGUGCUGAUAAUGCCACUGUUUUUUAAAACGAAAAAGACAACAACCACGGAGUCGGACGAUGGUGUCAACUACAAAUCACGACUCGAGAAGAAAUUGUGCUUGGCCAAAGAAGACCCUGAACCGAUCUUCGACCUCUCAGAAUGUAAUUUGAAAAGUGUCACUUCUGGCACGUAUGUGCUCUGCAAAGUUCUGCGCAAAACUUCCCUCAUUUUAAGAAACAAUCUAUUGAGUAAUCUCAGUGGUGGUGGUGCUCUAUCUGAUUUAUCUUUGCUCGAGAUACUUGACCUAAGUCGCAACAAACUGCAAUGUCUACCUGAGGAAAUAAGAUACCUGAAAAAUUUAAGGAUUCUAAACGCAUCUCAUAAUCAGUUGAGUCAGUUGCCGCAAUCAUUAGCCCAACUUGCCAAGUUAGAGGACCUGAAUUUGUCCAAUAACUGCCUUUCUCAUGUGCCUGACUUUGUUGGAAUAUUGCCUUUGCUGCAGAAUUUUGAUAUCAGUUCCAACCCCUUGAAAGAUUCCCAGCAUCUCAAAGACAAGAAAAGUAUUGCAGUAGAAAAAGCUUCUCUUAUUCCAGCAACGGAAACAAAAAAGGCCGCUGUGUUACCAUUAGAAACAAUGAAAAGACAACAAGUGCCAAAGAAUUUUGUAGAUGAGCAAAGCGAAUCAGAAAAACUGCGAGUGCUGUUGGAGUCGCGGCAGAGGCAGCAACAGGAGCUGCUGUUGCGGCUGAACACGUUCGACAAAGACCAGCAGGAUGCGCUGGACAAGGUGCUGGAACGGCAGCGAGGCCAGUUGAAGACAGUGCUCACGGCCGCACAAAAUGAAGGGGAGGAGGAACGGCGGCGGGUGCGCGAGCUGAAGGCGCAGGAGGAGGCCCGCAGCUGCAGGCUGGCUGAGGACAUUAUGCUGGGUGAGCGCCUCGAGCGGUCCGUGCUAGAACGGCUGCUGCAGCAGGAGGAGGAGCGCAACCGCAGCUUGACCAGGGAACUUGCGCAGGAGGAGGAGCUGGAGAGGGCACGGCUGGCUGACCUGCUCGCCUCCGUCUCGGCUCGACACGCGCCGCUGAUUGCGCUUGUGCUCGACGACCAGAGCCUGCAGAAGUCCAUCCUGGCCAGCCUUAGGGACAGAGCACUCUGCCAGGAGCACAACCUGUCCCAGUGCGUCGUGGAUGAGCUGCGUCUGCAGCAGGCUGCCCUGAUGGCCCUCAAGGAGAAGGGCGACUCAAAGUCCAGGCUGAUCGCGGACGAAAUGGCGCAGAUCCAGCAACAGCUUGGAUACCUCUCCGCCCUCGAAAUCAAGAGGAAGAAGGGCGAGAGUGAAGAAACUCUUGGUGAAAUAGCAUUGGAGAGAUCCAAGCUGUCCGCAGCUCUUGGAAAUCUCUUACAAAAGCAACAAAAAAGACGAAACGAACUGAUCGACGAAAUAAUGCACCAAUAUGAUGGAAUGGAUGAAAAGUUGUGGAUGAUCCACCUUGAAAGACUCCUGCUCAACGUGCCAGAAAACAUAGACGUUAGCGUGGCAAAGAAGGAAAAGAAGGCGGCCACGCCGCCAACAGAAAAUCCCUCUGCACCUGACGGGGAGGAUGAAGCACAAAACCCCACAGCUCCAACUCUCGAAGAGUGUGUCAUUUGCAUGGACAAACAGUGUGAAGAGGUGUUCCUGCCUUGCGGGCACAUCUGCGCUUGCAGCGCAUGCACUGCGUUGAUCAUGAUUUGCCCGUUGUGCCGGGCAGACAUAGAGCAACACCUUACAUUGUCUUGGUCAAAUCGCUUGUGAACGAGUUCUAGGUAGCACUUUUGAAAACAGAAUGCGUACUAAUCAAGGUUAUUUUCUUCCUGCCAUCUCUUGAUACUCAAACUCAAUGCCCGUAAUUACACACGCAAUUAUUAGCCUUUUAUAUAAUCAUUCUGUGAUUCUACAAUUGAAAUAAAUACACAAGAGUUCCAGUUACAAA